CAUUAAACCUAAAAGGGGAAACACGUUUCUUUCCAGAACCUUAGGGGGAAAAAAAUGAGGAAAGUUGAUGAAAGAACACUAGUGCCACGUCUUUUCCCCUCCCCCACUCACGUAGUGGCUAUUGCAUCCCUACAGAGCGCAUUCCAAAGGAAAGUCCAAGAGCCACAGCUCUCGGAGAAACAGCGAAAUGCUCUCCUUUUGAUCGUUCCUUCCUCCCGCUUGAAACAUACAUCUGGGAGGCUGAUCACGUAAUCCAACUCAGAAUUCCUCCACAGCCCGUGGAAUUUGUUUGCACUCUGAAAACCUCUAGAUCCUCCGCGUAGCGAUCAAAGCGGAGGGCAGCGAGGAGAGCCCAGAGAGGCAAGCUCGUGCGCCUUCACGGAGAUUUAUGGGGAAGAAGAGGAAGCAGCCCAGCUUCGCCGACUGGGUGAUCUGACAGCCGGCUUCCUCCGCGGGGACAACUCGGCACCCCGGGCUACGUCUGGCGGCUGAGGCGGCGCCGCCGCGCGCAACAGAUAGAGGAGUUCAGCGAGAACUUUCUGGGGAGGUCCACUAGCCCGACCCGACCGACUGUUCCACUGGGCAGAAACGCCGGGAGCGCUUACAAUCUGCUCUUCACUGCCACAUGCUAACCAUCUGCAGCCGUGGCGGCCAGAAGCCCACGCCCCGCCCUCGCGUUCCCCUCAGCUGUGUAGCGAGGACCAGCACGGUAGUUCUCUUGGUAACAAGAUCGUAGGUUAGAAGAUCAUGCUUUUGAUAGCCACAACUUUGCAGCUGGAGGAUACAGCAGCACGCUGGGAGUUGAAUUACAAUUCCCGGAGUUCAUAUCCAGGAGGAUUCUGGAGAGAACCAGGCUGGUUGGUUUGUGUAUGUAUAUCUAUAUAAAAAGCAGAACUAGCUGUUGCAACUGCUGUUAGCUUUGGAGGGUUUAGCAGCGGGCAUUGAGAAGUAAACUACAUUUCCCAUAGUGCACCUGCAGGAGAAUUCUGGGAAGUGUGGCAGAAGCAGCAAGAAUUCCUCCAGGAAAGGGAAGCUGUUUGAACUUGAACGUUUGGAAUUUCCUGACUUCUGCUGAUUCUUGAGGCCUAGGAAGGUGCCCCCAAAAGAUUCCAGAGUGAGUACAGCGAAACAGAAACUUUUCUGAUUCUCCGUGGAGAACGGCUUUUCCAGGGCAGCGCAGUCGCGCUGUAUAGUUCGUGGCUUAGUCUCUGAGACCCGGGCAAUGGCCACAGCUUGCCUUAGGGAGCUCUCUCUGUAACCGCAGCUGAGUAUUUUCUGACACCACUUUGGAGAGAUGUUUAAAACUGGAACUGCCUGACUUCUCACGCUGUGCCUUGAUUUUUGAAUAAAGGGAAGAAAAAGAAUUCUUCCAGAAGCCGGGCACACACCGCUCAGCAAGUCCUGCUGGGUGUUUCCCAGCCGUCUCCAGGGGUGCACACUGCCUGUGCCCACUCCGUCCUCACAGAGGCCUCUCCCAAGCCCCACCGGGCCUCCUCCACGUGCACGCAGGCACGAAGAGACGAGACUGGCUUCUGUCUUGCUGCUGUGCUUUUUAAAUUAAUCUUCCUUCUGGGAAGAUGAACAGAAUGAGAAGCACGUGUGAAUCAUUUAUUACAGACGUUUCAGAGAAAAACGGUUCAUCUUAAGGACCUUGCCCCAUCAUUUGAUAGUUUUUAGUAAAAUAAACAUGAGAUGAAUUAUUAUACUUAAAUGUAAUGUUAUUAAUAUAUAACAUUAACUCAUCUAAAUAUGUCUAAAUGAAAUGUUAUCAUGUUACCUUUCCUCUCUAUUAGCCUUUGCACUUUAAAACAGAACUUGAAGAGCUCUGUGCCCACCAGCUCCUGAGUCAGCAGGCCCUGGUAAUCCCUGCGGCUUAGGUGGAUACAGUACCAGAGAUGGGGCAAAGCGAGAGGGCCAGCGCAGCGAGCCACACGCCUCCUCCGUAGUCAUAACUACAGCCACACAGUUCCUGCAGUUCCCAGGCUCCAAGAAAUAUGCCAAAGGGAUGGAUUCACUGCCUUGGCUCGCAGGGAAUGUGGUGAGGUGUUUAUGUGAACGGUGCCCCAGAAACAGGCUCACUGAGCACUGGGCCCAGGAACUCGCGUCUUACCAUACUUUCUUUCAUCUUCAAAGAAGCGUGUACACAUGGUUAAACGUUUUUCCAGUUCAGAAAUGAAUAAAGUACCUAAGUGAAUAAGCCUUAAGUAUAGAAAUGAAUGAAGUAAAAAAUCACAAAGCUCCUUUUCAGUUCUGGUCUCCGUCCCAGCCCCCUAAGGCCUGAUAAUGUUCCUGUACUGUGGAGCAGCUUGGAGGAGCAAAUCUGGGUACUUUAGGCUGCUGUCAACCUAUGUCACUAAGACACGGUACCUAUUUGAACUGAAGGAAGACGACAAUGCGUGUAAAAAAGCGCAGCAGACAGGCACCUUUUACCUCUUUCACCACCUGGCUCCUUUGCUUCAAAUAUCAGAGCGUCAUUAUGUGGCCCCCCGCGUCAGCCUGUUAGAGUUGGAAAAGCUCCUGGAGAAGUGCGGCCAGGAUACGCAGAGGAUAGAGGAUUCCGUGCUGAUUGGAUGCUCUGAACAGCAGGAAGCAUGGUUUGCUCUGGAUCUAGGACUGAACAGCUCCUCUGCUGUAAGCGCCUCCUUGCAGAAAUCUCAAAUGGAGACGGAGCUCCAGGGGUCCUUCAUUGAGCUGAGGAAGGCCCUCUUCCAGAUGGACGUGAAGGAUGUCCCCUUGCUGUUCACGGCUCAGGCUCUCCUCAGCUGGCAUGAUGCUCACCAGUUCUGCAGCAGAAGUGGGCAGCCCACCAGGAAGAACAUGGCAGGGAGCAAGCGUGUGUGCCCUUCCAGUAACAUCAUCUAUUACCCACAAAUGGCUCCCGUGGUGAUCACUCUGGUGUCAGAUGGAACCCGAUGCCUGCUUGCCCGCCAGAGCUCCUUUCCCAAAGGAAUGUACUCUGCCUUGGCAGGGUUCUGCGAUAUAGGUGAGAGUGUGGAAGAGGCUGUUCGUCGGGAAGUUGCAGAAGAGGUGGGACUGGAAGUGGAAAGCCUGCAGUACUCCACAUCCCAACACUGGCCCUUUCCUAACUGUUCUCUCAUGAUUGCUUGUCACGCAACUGUGAAGCCAGGGCAGACAGAGAUCCAGCUGAACUUGAAAGAACUAGAGGCAGCUGCCUGGUUCAGUCAUGAUGAGGUGGCCGCAGCCCUGAGGAGAAAGAAUCCUUACAUUCGUCAACAGAAUGAGACUUUUCCGUUCUGGGUGCCCCCGAAGUUAGCCAUUGCUCACCAACUGAUUAAGGAAUGGGUGGAAAAACAGGCCUGUUCCCCGCCUGCUUAGCCCGGAUGAACUCACCUAGAACCCUCCUUGGUAUCCUCCGAGGAGAGACCCGAGAUUAACUGUAAAGGGGAGGUGACAAGGCCAGCUGCAGGCCAGUAAGGCAGAGCAGAUGAGCCUAUAACGAGACACUCAUAUCAGCAGUGUUACAGAACGAAGUCCUUACUAACAGACAAUCAAAUAUGCCAAUGGGAAUCGAACAACUGAUGAGCUAUUAACUAUCAAAAUCACAGAGAAUAGUAAAACAUUAGUUUAGAUAUAGACACAUGUUCACUCAUUUUUCUCCAAGGUUUAGGAACAAGUAUCUUCCAGUAUGUGGCUUAUUAACACUACAUGUACAGUAAUUGCCAAAUAUGACUGGUGUGAUUUUAGCUUAAAACUUGAUCUUAGUAUUAAAAAUAUAAUACUCCACUCACCACUGAGUUAGGUUUUAUCCUCACAGAAUUAAGAAAAAUACCACAACGCAACAUUUUUUAACUUGUAUGCAGGUAUAUUCUUAUACACGGUAUUUAAAUAAAAAUCAUUUCUUUCAGUCUUCCAAAGGGAUGAGGAGAGUGGGAGCUCAGGUCUGUCUGUCUCAGACACAUGGGAUAAAUCAGAUGCAGUGAGGCCCUGGGUAGCUGAAUCCAGGGAGACUCAAGAUGGUAAGGACUUUUUUGUUCUCAGCUGUGUUACUUGCUCAGUUUGUCACUCAGGAAAAAAACUCUCAGUUUUCCAGCCUGUUUUCCUAAAUGUAUAGCAAUGGUUACUGGCAGGUGCAUACCCCAAGUGUUGAUAAACAUCAACUAAGGAAUGAAUGAGAUUAAACAAAUGUCAAUCCCGAACCGUUUCUUGAGCCUUAUGGGAUAAAAGUAAGUUAGGAGUUCUCAUCAUUUUCGUAUGCCUAUUCUAUACCUUGUGAUAGGGAGGAGAGUUUAUCUGGGAGAAAUAAAUAAAUCUCCAAAUCUG